GCGUGACUACGAAGUUUAUGCUGUAUAUUAUGAGUUAAAACAUCAUGAUUCUGUGUUUUUUAUACCAAAAUACUAUUUUAUAGCCUACUGGGAAAUCAAAAUUUCACAAUGCCGAUGGCUACUUCGCAAUUGAAAAAACCUGAAGUCAAAACUGGAUCGUGGUCAAGUAUCUUCAAUUCCUCUGAGCAACUGAAUGAGACCCAAUCAGCUCUUUUCGUGAAAAAGUUGCUUGCAGUUGCCAUUUCCAGCGUGACAUAUUUACGAGCGGUCUUCCCAGAAAGAUGCUUUGGUGAUCGGUGUUUGGAAGAUCUAAAUUUGAAGAUUUUGCGAGACGAAGAUGCGUUCCCUGGAUCAAGUCAAGUUAUUCAAUGGGUCAAAGGCUGUUUCAAUGCAAUCGACAAAAAAUAUCUAAGGAAGAUCAUAUUGGGAGUAAGUGCUACAAAUCUUUGUUCAAUAUAG